AACAUUCAACGCUACUCUGCCAACUCUGGCGAAAAACGGUCGUUAGGUUGAUUGGCAGCGAGGACGUCCAGUGCUAAAACACUGUGCUUUCCAGGGGGUGGAUGCAGGGAAGUAUCCACUCUAGUCGGUUGCGGUAACAUUGUUGUGGAGUGACGUCACAGCUGGAAAAUGAAGGCGCAGAGGCAGCCAUUACUGGAGGCUCUGUAAUUAUUAAAUCCAAAUAAAUACUGGUGGAAAACUUCCAUGGCAAGAACCACUAGUCAAAUUUAUGAUGCUGUUCCCAUUCAAUCCAGCGUUGUCGUCUGUUCCUGCCCACAUCCAUCAAUGGUAGUAAAUCACCCAGACUCCAGCUCGCCGCUUGCUGUCCCGGGCGCAAGUAGCAGCCACUGUCCCAGCAUGGAGGGCCCCACCACCGAGCCCAGGGCCUCCCCCAAGACUGCUGACAAGAGCGCCGAACCUCUGCCGCAGUCCAUACAGCCGCGCAAGAAGAGGCCGGAGGACUUCAAAUUUGGGAAGAUUCUAGGAGAAGGCUCCUUCUCAACUGUUGUACUGGCAAGAGAACAGUCAACGGGAAAGGAAUAUGCAAUUAAAAUCCUGGAGAAAAGGCAUAUCAUGAAGGAGAACAAGGCGCAAUAUGUGAAAAGAGAACGAGAUGUCAUGUCCAUCCUAGAUCACCCAUUCUUUGUCAAACUCUACUUCACAUUUCAAGAUGACGAGAAGCUGUAUUUUGGCCUUAGCUACGCUAAAAACGGAGAGCUGCUUAAAUACAUUCGCAAAAUAGGUUCAUUCGAUGAAACGUGUACUAGAUUCUACUCGGCUGAAAUAGUUUGUGCACUUGAAUAUUUGCAUGCAAAGGGGAUAAUUCACAGGGACCUUAAACCAGAGAAUAUUUUACUGAGUGAGGACAUGCACGUCCAGAUAACAGAUUUUGGAACAGCAAAACAGCUGCCUUCCGAUAGAAAUCAAGCAAGAGCAAACUCGUUUGUAGGAACUGCACAGUACGUUUCCCCCGAACUGCUGAUAGAGAGAUCUGCCUGCAAAAGCUCUGACCUCUGGGCCUUAGGUUGUAUUAUCUACCAGUUGGUGGCAGGCUUACCACCAUUUAGAGCUGGGAAUGAGUACCUAAUAUUUCAGAAGAUAAUAAGGCUGGAAUAUGAGUUCCCAGAGAAAUUCUUCCCUAAAGCAAAGGAUCUUGUCACUCAGCUUUUGUCCUUGGACCCGGCCAACCGGAUAGGCUGUGAGGAGAUGGGCGGCUACGACCCCCUGAAGGCCCACCCUUUCUUUGAGACCAUCUCUUGGGAGAACCUCGACCUGCAGACGCCCCCCAAACUCACCCCCUACCUGCCCGCCAUGUCUGAGGAUGACGAGGACUGCUAUGGAAACUACGAUGACCUCCUCAGCCAGUUCAGCAGCAUGCAGGUGGCCCAGUCCAGCUCCUCACACUCCCUGUCUGUACAAGAGUCGACUCCUCCUCAGAGGUCCAGCAGCAACAUCGAGCAGUACAUCCACGACCUGGACAACAACUCCUUCGAGCUGGACCUGCAGUUCUCUAAUGAGGAGAAACAGCUUCUGCUGGAGAAGCAGAGCAAUGGAAACCCCUGGCACCAAUUCGUAGAAAAUAAUUUAAUACUCAAGAUGGGGCCAGUGGACAAACGGAAGGGGCUGUUUGCUCGCCGGCGUCAGCUGCUCCUGACGGAGGGGCCCCACCUUUACUACGUGGACCCGGUCAACAAGGUCCUGAAAGGGGAGAUCCCCUGGUCCCCAGAGCUGCGCCCCGAGGCGAAAAACUUCAAGACGUUCUUUGUUCACACGCCCAACAGGACAUAUUAUCUAAUGGACCCUAGUGGAAAUGCUGACAAAUGGUGCAAGAAGAUUCAAGAAGUGUGGCGGAAGAUUUACCACAAGCACCAGAACACUGGCGUGUAGGCCUAGCGCCCUGGAGGGCUGACUGGCUCCCGCUGCGGCCGGACCUCCCCUUCCGCGCCUGAGGCUCGUCAGUUCAGAACCAUCUUGCCCUAGUGCCCAUCAGCACCACGGUUUUAACACCUCUUUUAAGGCUGGCUUCUUCACUUUGUUUUCCUUCUGUAAUUAAAAAGAAAGAAAGAAAAAAACAACUACAAAAAUAGGACAAAAACAGACAUAAGUGGCGUUCAGGGUUGCUUUGCUUGUUCUCUGUGCUAUCCGAGCUUCAAAUGCGUAGCGUCACGUGCAAACGAAGAUUCAGCUGUCGUGCAUCUCUGCUCUCCAUCUCCGGAAAACCGCGAGAGGAAAAAAAAACGAAAAGAAGCGGCCUUGUGUGUCGACUGCUUUUUUUGGAUUAAAGUAGAGCUCCACGCGUACACGCACCCAGAAAAUGUAGAGCACAGUCCUGGUUGGGGAGUGGAGGGGGGGCGGGGGGAGGGGGGGGGGGGGUUGGGUACAGGGGACAGGGGACUUUAUUUCUGUGACUUCUCAUUUUGUAAUCACGGCUGUCAAGGAGCUGUAAACAGAGAAACGAGCAUACAGUAUGUUUUCCUGUGUUCUUUCCCUUCCUCUUUUCUGGCUUUUUUCAGUAUCCGCAGCUUGCAGUCCAGUCCGCGAUGGCUCACUUCAUUUUGGUUUUAGAAAUGAUCACAGGUUUACAGUGGUACUUAACAUUUAGCAUAGGUGUCUGUGCUUAAGUAGGGGUUCUGGGUAGACUGACAAUUUUCUGUCAUUAAUGCUAUAAAAAUACAAACAAAAAUGCAAGUGCAAAAAAAAACCAAAAAAAAAACGCGUAACUCGCUUGUAAUUUUGUUCACCACAAUACUUGCGUAGUCUCCCUGCAUGACCAGUUGAAAAUUGCAAAUCCUGUAAUUUGGCCCGUUGUGUUUUUCAAAAGACACGGGGGCAUCACAGAUCUGUUGCUGAAAGUAGUUGACUAAAGUUAAGAUGGGUAUUUUGACUGAGUUGACAACCAUAGAUCGCAUACCUAAAAGAUUUAGCUGUACUUAUGCCAGUAACUGGCAUUUUUAACUGCAGUUUAUAAUCAAACUAUUGUUUUUGUUUUGGACAGCAUGUUAAUAUUGAGAUUCUGUCCAAGAAUGAAAUCAUAUGCUGUCCACCAUGUGUAAAACAGCUCUAGUAUAGAAGUGUACUGUUCAACAGAAUUAUUACUACUAUUACUAGGAAGCAAUCGCAGCAGAACUCUUCGGUAGAAGUGCAGCUUGACACCUUUGCCACUUUUAGAUGAUGAUGUUUUUGACCUGUACAGUUCACUUCACGCCCAGUUUACAAAGGCAUAAAUGUCCAAAAACUUGGGUAUCCCUACAUCUGACCUAGCCCAUAUUUCAAUUUGAUUUUGAUUUUUUUUUCUCCGUCUGUUAUUCGAUGACGCACUGCGAGAGGUCCCUAAUGGAUUGGCUAUAGCCAUGUUCUUACGGUCGAGUCAGUCUGCCAUGAGUGACUGUGUGUAUAGGAGCAGCCUCAGACUUGUUUAAUCAAUGUGUUUGGGUGUCAGCAAUAUGCUAUUUGGGCCAAAUGGCUGUUUAAAUUGCUGUAUCUACCUUAAAAAUAAGCAAGUACUACAGGAAGUGUUUAUUUUUUCUUGCUAGGACAUUUUUAUUUUAGGUUUUUUUUUUUUUUUUUAUCAAGUUGGCGGCAGUCGGUUACAUUGUGUAUUUAAUACUCUACCUGGUUCGUAACCGACUAGAACUGUGAUGUACAGAUGACGUAUUAUUGAAAUCUAAAGCAAGUAAUGCAAUGAUAUUAGGACACACUUUUUGUAUUUUUAUUCUUGUAUAAGGUUAUUUGCUGGCUAUUGUUUAGCCUCUAGUUCAUUCUGUGUUAUUUAAAUUCUAAUAUAUGAAUCAUAUUUGGAUUGAAGUCAUGUUCAGGGGCCAUGUUGUGUAUGUAUUGAGAUGUAAAGCCUUUGAAUGUGAAUAAUUAUUGUAAACUAUGAUAUUUUACAGCUUUUUUUCUUACUAUAUUAUAUACAUUUUCUAUUUGGUCAGUGAUUUAAUCAUAUUUCUCAUAAUUUAAUGAAUCUGUUUUUUCUCUUUCCCAUUAUUUGUGCGCUAGGUAUAGUUGUUGAAUGAUGAAUUUUCCACGUAAUGCUUGGUAGUCCUGUAAUAAAAGCAUGUAGGGUUUUAGGCAUACAAUAA